GUGGGAGACGGAGUGAACAGGUUCUUUUUCUCAUUUGGGAUUUCAAAACUGCAGUUUGGAUUCAGUUUUGGGAUAGAUGACAAAGACAAAAGUUUGCUCUUUGUUGGUGAGCAAGACCACCUGGUGCCUUCCACCUCUCCUUUCCUGCUGGAAGGUGAUAUUUUUCUUGUUGCUGGACGGAUGCUUGGGCACUCUUUCUUAAAUGGGGGACCGCGACUGACUGGAUUAAGCCCCGCUGUUUUGGACAUAAUUGCUGGAAAAGAAGACACAAACCAGCUUGCACCUCAAGACAGCCCAGACAUUGAUGUGAGAGAAAUUGUCACUCUGCUUACCAACAAGGACCCUUUGAGCCCAGCUGAUAAACACAAUGUUGUGGAGCUGUGUGUGGCUUGGGAUCUGCCCACUGCUGUUAAUGACACCAACAGGAACUGGCUUGCAGAAAAGAUCCUUCACCAUUCUAUGAUUCUUGAACAAGUGAUUUGGCCUUCAAAAGAUUCCUCUGACAGUGAGCAGGAGUGGAACAUUGAACAGCAGUGUUCUGCCCUUGCAUUUUUUCGGCAGUAUGUUGAAAAAGACAAUUCGGAGAAGUUGAAAUACCUCAUCAAGUUUUGGGUUGGCUGGGUGGUCUUUCCACAACACCUCUACAUUGAGGUUAUCUCUGGCCUACUGCCAAAGUCAAAGACCUGCCUUGAGACCUUACAAAUUCCAGGACAUCACACAGCCUACAAGGACUUUGAAGAAGCUCUUGAAGCAGCUGUUCAUACAGCUGACACUGGAUUUGGAUUUAUCUAGCUACUUGAGGGGAAAUUUGAAUGUGUGUUAUUUGUCCCUUUUUUAUGUAGCAGUGUUGUGUGUUGCAUUUGCAUGAAUUUGGCAAAAAAUGUUAGCCAUUAAGUUGCAGAAAUGGACACAACUGAAUGUGUUAAAGUUGUUACCAAUGUGUCAGCAAAAGCAUAGGCUUUGAUGCAUGAAAAAUGUUGCACUGAUUUUUUUUUUAAAUUGAUUGUGGUUCUUAACAUUUCAUGCGCUUGCUAGAAAGUUCCCUUUAAGCCCAGUUCAGACAAAAAUAUUUCCCAUACCGUAAAACUCACUUACCAUGGGUUUUGUGUUGUGCAUAAUGGUGGCAUAACAUUUCAAGACUACUUCACAAAAAAUUUUAAUGUUUAAAUGUUUUAACAAUCUUUCAAAUUUACAUAGCCCAAGUUGCGAAUCAUAGAUCUGAACGG